AUGAGGGAAGUCAAACCAGACGUCAGCGCCGUCUUUGUCCCCGCGAAAUUCGCAGUCGCAGCCAUUCUCGAGGCCAUUGAAGCAGAGGUUCCUCUCGUUGUCUCAGUCGCAGAGCAUGUACCUGUUCACGAUAUGCUUCGGGUUCAUGAGGUCUUGAGAACACAGUCCAAGACCCGGCUGGUAGGUCCUAAUUGCCCUGGCAUCAUCUCCCCGAAACAGUGUCGUGUAGGCAUAAUGCCCCACAAGCAGUAUACUCGCGGCUGUGUUGGUAUAGUGUCCAAGUCAGGUACUUUGAGCUACGAAGCUGUCGGGUCUACCUCACAGGUUGGCUUGGGACAGAGUCUCGUUAUAGGAAUGGGAGGCGAUAUGCUACCAGGCACGACCCUAGCAGAUGGACUGAAGCUCUUCUUCGAUCAUGACGAAACCAAGGGAAUCAUCGUCAUUGGAGAGAUUGGGGGCGAGGCAGAGCUCGAAGCCGCGGAGCUCAUUAGAGAACAUCGCCGCACGUCCCCAAGACCCAAACCUGUCAUAGCAAUGGUAGCAGGGCGCACGGCGCCUGAAGGAAAGGCUAUGGGACAUGCCGGUGCGAUCUGGAGAGAUGGAGAUGUUACUGCAGAGGCCAAGACUAAAGCCCUUGAAGAUGCGGGGGCGAUCAUCGUGCCGCACCCCGGAGUUAUGGGCGAAAGGAUGAAGGAGUUGCUUGGGAUGUAA